AUGGGGGCGAAGAUCUGGAAAUAUAUAAGUGAUGAGUGCUUGGAAGCCAGUGAUGAGUGCUUGGAGGCUGUGGCAGAGAAGAUACAUGGCAGAAAUAAGCUUCAUUUCCGCAGCCAUCGUCGCCCUGACGAAUCCGACAUCAUAGACCACUUGAAAACCUCCCUCUCUCGCACUCUUGACUUGUUCUACCCAUUCGUCGACCGCCUUGGCACCACCGUAAACGACGACAAUACCUUUUGUAUCUUUAUCAACUGCAAUGGCGCCAGAGUUCAGCUUAUCCACGCAUCCGCCAAUGGCGUCUCCGUCGGGGACAUCCUUGAUUCUGUCUACGUUCCUAGGAUCGUGUCUUCCUUUUUUCCACUUAAUGAAACUCAAAACUACCAUGGCAUUUCGGAGCUGUUGCUUGCAGUACAAGUGACGGAGCUGGUGGACGGCAUCUUUAUUGGUUGCACCAUGAAUCAUGUGGUCGCGGAUGGAACUUCCUUCUGGCAUUUCUUCAAUUCGUGGUCCGAAGUCUCUCGGGGUUCCGACAAGAUAUUCCUAUCUCCUGUUUUCAAGCAUUGGCUUGUGCCUCGUACCCAUUUCCCCAUACGAAUUCCUCAGUCAGCACUAGUCUUUGGUAAGGUCCCUUCAUCACCAACCCAAGAAAGAGUUUUCCAUUUCACAAAAGAACAAAUUGCAGUGCUAAAAGCAAAAGCUAAUACAGAAAUGGGCACCAACCGAAUUUCCUCUUUGCAAGCGUUGUUGGCCCAUCUUUGGGUAUUGGUAAUUCGUAACAGGCGCCUUCCAGAGGAUCAAGAGACUAAGUAUAUAAUCCCAAUAGGUAUGAGGCCAAGGGUGCAUCCACCAUUGCCUCAACAAUAUUUUGGGGUUGCAGUUCUGGGCGGGAACGUGACAAUGAAAGCAGGUGAGCUACUGGAGCUGGGUUUGGGUCAUACGACUUGGAAGAUGAACAAGAUGAUUUCUACCUUUACUGAAGUAGAAGCCACCAACUUCUUCGAAUCUUGGGCGAAGAACCCUAAGCUGUGUUGA